AUGGAUCAAAUAAGGGCCACAUUGGCCGAGUUAAUGGGCAAGUAUGAGCAAAAGGAAGACCUGGAUUCCACCAAACCAUUCACGGAUCCUGAUGUUUGCAGGCAAUACCUGACUGGAAUCUGCCCACACGACCUAUUUGAAAACACCAAAUUCUACAUGGGAGAAUGUAGCAGAAUACAUUCAGAGAAGCUCAGAGAAAGAUACCAGAAUGAAAGGAAGAACCAUUUUUACGGAUAUGAGCUGGAAACUUUGAAGAUUAUCCAGCCAAUGAUCGACGACUGCGAUAAAAAAAUAGCUAGAGGAAAAGCUAGGGUUGAGGAGGAUUUGGUUAGAAGGAAGACUCUAGAUCCAAUGAUAAUUGAGGAGGCUAAAAAAAUCGAUAGCCAAAUUCAGUCGAGAAUGGCCCGUGCGGAUGAACUUGGCAGAAACGGCGAGGUUGAAGAGUCGUUCAAAAUUGUUGAGGAGGUUGAACUUCUAAAGAGAACGAAACUGGAGAUGCUUGAAAAGGGAGGAGACGCCAGUUACCAAUCUAGACUCAAACCAUGCGACGUUUGUGGAGCUCUUCUAUCAGCAACUGAUAGUGACAGGAGAUUAACUGAACACUACAGCGGUAAAAUACACGUUGGAUUUCAGAAACUGAGGGACAUGUCAAAGACCCUAUCAGCAUACAUUCAAGAAAAUAGGCACAGAUUGAAUGGAAGAGGAAGAAAUGGUUCCAGGGAAUAUUUGAGUGAAAGAAGAACUAGGAAGGUUCUAGGAGUUUCACUGAGAGGAGCGAUCGCAGUUACAGGCAUAGAGGCUAUGCCGAUAAAAGUGAUCGCAGAGAGCGGGAAAACUAUAGAAAAAGGUCGAGAAGCAGGUCCCGAUCCAUAUCAAGAUCAAGAUCGAGAUCGAGUUCUAGAUCAAGAUCUAGGGAUCGCAAACACAGGUGACCUUGUAAAUUAA